AUGAACGUCUGGUCAGGGUCAAUCAUCCUGGGAGCAGACCGUCAGCUUGAAGGGAUCCGCCUCAUUGAUCCGACCUCCCACUGGCAAUGCGACAUAUCGAAAACCGCGCAGCUCGGUCUCCGCAGCUUUGUCAAUCCGUCUUUAAUUCCUCUACAUGCUCGAUCUGGCCCUAGUCUCGAGCUACACACCACGACAGCGGAGACCUCGCAAUGGCUGCAGAAGAAGAUCGCGGGCGCCCUUUGUCUCAACCCCGAGCUGGAAGAACCAAAUCAAUGCAUACAGUGCCCUGUCGGCCUGCUGGUCAGCGUGACUGGGGCCCCAGCGCGUGUUUCUAGCGUGACGACCACAGAUCUCUUGAUCUACGGUGUGCUAUCAGUGUCGCGAUCAUGCUCGCGUCCGCCCACCCCGCCGCAUUCGUCUCCGUCUGACGUUCCCGAGCAACAUUGUCCGGCAGCAGUCAAAUCGUACGAACUACGAAUAUACGCUGCUCCUCUGUCCAAGGCCCUCAUCGCGCAAGCGCAGGCGUUAUCCUCGCCACCACCCAGCAUAGACGAAGAACGCGGCUCCACGCCGGCCGAGUUUCUGCCCGAUCUCCACUCGCCCAGCCCCAAGCGCAAACGAGUCGCGACUCUGUUCGAAGUUGCGGCUCAGCAUCACCGCCGUGUGCGACAGCGCGGGGGCGAGGCAGUGUCUCAGUUGAUGGCAUCGUCUCGGCCAUCUUCCUCCUCGCAAAAUCUUCAAACCCUGCGAGUCAAGCGUGAGCCCGAGGAUGACCAUCCAGGUCUACCGACCUUGGACCGCUUGGUCGCGCAUAGAUCUCGAUCAGUUUCUAUUGGGCCUGGCGCUCAAAGACCCUCCUCCAGCAGAUUUGGUAUGCGCGGAUCAGCAACACCUUUUUCCACCUCAAACUUAGCGGCAGUCAAUACGGUUGACCCUAAGAAACGCACAAGCACACCCAAUCCGUUCCUUGACUCUGCGUCACGUCGGCCCUCGAUCCAAAGCCAAGCGUCUUUGUUUCAAACCGCAGGUACGGCGUCUGACAAUCAUCUUGAACCGCCCCCAUCCCCACCCAAAACUACAGAAGGCAUCAUUGCCGAGAACAAAAGCCUCAUCACGCGGACAAUCCUCACCUGCAUGCGACUAUAUGGAUUCCACCGAUCGAAUCCCCGCCCAUCCUCUUCAUCUGUCAUGCAGAAGGAUCUCUGCGCUGAACCCACCGGACCCAAUCAGUCCAACGCCACGCCCGCGGGAUCAGAAAUCCUUCGCGCAGAAACACCCGCCUCUGGUCCUGGAGUCAACGCGGAUGACGAUAACUUUAAAUCCAUGUAUCAUGCCACGUACAAAGCGUCAGCAUUUGCACUGCGAAAAUAUUUGAAAGAUGUAGAGAAUGGCGCAACGCCUCUCUUGUUGGAGAAAAGCAAAGCAAUGACGUGCAUCGAUGAGCUGUUGCGCAUUUUCUGCGAGGAUCAUUAG